CGCUUCUCCCAGGACGGGUGAGACGAAUCAGUGGCGCCACAUAUGCGCACCUGUCCUCCCGGGGAUCAGAUCCGCCACAACGAGUACAGAAGGGGGUCUUCCCCAUGGCUGGGACACUUUCUCGGAGGUCAGAGAGUGAACCAGAGCCCUGGGACCGCAGGAAGAGACGGAGUUCCCCCGCCGGCCCUCACCCUCAGGCGCCGCCCUCGCCCCCCGCCGGCGUGGUCCUCCCGCCGCUCCCCCUACCUCUCAUCGCUCUUCCCAGCAGAACCGCAGAACCAGGCGUCCGAGCCCGGAGUAGGGCCUCCUUGGCGGCGGGGCGAGGGGAGGGGGAGCGGAGGGAGCCAGGAGCCGGGAGCGGGAGGCGCCGGCGGGGCUCGGGUGUCGGGAGGCGGCUCCCGCGAGCAGCUGUCGGGGGCCUGUUCCGGGGAGAGGAGCCAGAGCUGGGGCGGCUCGGGCCCAGGCGCCGCCUCCCCGCCCUCCUCCUCCCGCCCGCGCUCCCUCCCCUCGGCCUUCGUGCCGCACGCUUGGGCUCGCCGACCUCCCUUCCCCCUCCCGGGCCCAGUCGACCCCCGGCUCCCACGCCCUGCGCAGCCCUCGCGGCCCCCGCGCUCCUCUCCGCCCCGCCACGCCCACCCCACAUUCCCCUGCGCUCCCGGCCUUCCCCAGGUAACCAGUCCGCCACCCCCUCCUCGGCGCGCCAUCCCCGCGGUCGCCGGUCCUAGCCAGCAGCCCACUCUCUGGCGCUGCGGACCCAGGCCCGCUCCCUGCCCAUCCCCCGCCGCCCUGAGUUCCCCACAAAGAGCACCGCCAGGGGGCCUGCUGCUACCCGCUCAGGGCCCCCUACACGCAGGCCCCAGGAGGGGUUGGCGCCCCUCCCUACUCCCCCUUUUCUGGGCCUGGUUCCUGGAGAGAGGGGAGGGGGAGAGCCCUAGGGCACUGGGGAAGGAGCGGGUUCCCACAGGCCCGGCGCCCAGCCCAGCUACAGGAACCAGAAGGGGGAAGGGAACAGGGCUCACCUGUCCAGCCAGACUCCCUGUUUUCACACCACCAACCUUUGCUUCUCUCUGGCGCUUUCUGGGGCCCCGUCCUCCACAGCCCUACCUAGAUUGCCCCAGAUCCUGAUGGAGGGCCACCCUCUUCCAGCCCCCCUCCUCUCUUUAUCCCCUCCUUUCAGUUCCUCUCCCUGGCAGCCCACUCCCCAGUCUUCUCUGGAUCUCUGGAGUGUAGAUUAUCAGACCCUGGUUCCCCUGGACUCCCUGCGCAGGCUCAGAAGUCUUCCUUAGGGCAAGCUUUCCUUAGGCCCAGCCAGCUCUGGCCCUGGUGGGGACAGGAGGGUCGGAUUACUGGCAAAGAGAAACUAGAAAUGGAACCAGGACGAAUUUGGUGGCGGGGAGGAGGAAGAGGAAGGAUACUGGUAACAUCUGGUGCGGGCUGAUCUUUGUUUGGGGCAGUACUGGAGAUUGAACCCAGGGCCUUGAGCAUGCUAGGCAAGCAUUCUACCACUGAGUACAUUCCCAAGAGGAGGAAGAAGAGAGAGACACACUGAAAACCAGACACAGCCAACAAAGAUGAAAAGAUGAAAGCAGAACAGAUAGACAAGAGAGAACUGCUGGGCAGUGAACAGGUGAGGUGGGGGACAGAAGAGCUUGUCAUGGGGUAUGUUUCAGCACCACCUGUCAGCCCCACCUCUCUUACAACCCCACACCCCCAACCACCUAGACAAUGUCAGAUCACAGUAAGGUCUCUGGCUGUAUUGCUGAUCUCCACCCCAUUGCACGUCACAGCUGAUAUAAACUCACACCCUGUGUACAGUUUCAAACAACAGUCCCAUCAAAGAAACAUUAAGUCCCAAUCAGACAAGUACACAAAAGCACUACCAGGAAGAGGCUGACCCUUUGGAAAGGCCAAGGCAUACAGGGGCAUAGGUUCACAAACCCAACAACACUCCAGCUGCUAAGGGACCUGCUUACAGCCCCAUGGUCACUGGGAAAAGUGCCUCUUGCCCUCCCCCCAAACCCCCAGAGAUUCCCUAGAGCACCUACCCCUGUGCGCCAGCUCUGGGAAAUCUGGGGCCGGGAGAGGCGUGCCCAGGGUGGAGCCAGGCUGGGGGUGGGGCCAAGGCUUCCCCAGUAACUUCACCUGGGUCUGCACUUAGCCCCUCCUCCCUAGAGCUGUUUUCUGGGGAAGCCCUGGGAAGAUUGGCCAGGCCUAGCUACAGCUCCUCACAUCCUAAUGGGACAUUCCACACCCUAGGCCCAUGCUGAUAUGGACAGAAGUGUCUACUGGGGAGAGUAGAGGAUGCCAGAGAGUUCUGAAAGCAUUGCCCACUCUUCUCAUUCUCCCAGAUGAAAUUCCUAGUCAGUGAUGCCCACCUCACCCAGCCCAGGGCUGGAGGAGUUGGAGGGAUAUAGGGCUGGGGCCCAGUGGAAUCAAGUGACAACGGAAAGGGGGCUGGAGCCGGCUGGAAUGCGGGGCUUGGAGCCGAGAUUCCCAGGGGCCAGAGAGGGAAAUCCCAGCCAUUCUGGGGCCCACAGAACAGCACCAAAAGCCGAGAGUUUCUGCCGGCCAUCCAUAGCUCCCAGUGCCCAUUCCUCAUUUCUUAUACUACUCUCAACCACAGAGGCCCCAUCUCCUCCAGAUCCCCAAAGGACCUUCCAUCCCUCCCCCAAGCAUGCCCUCUCAGCCUGGGCUGCCCUUCCCUUCAAGCCUAUGGCCUCCUGCUGCCCAGGAAGGAGAGGAGGGGUAACAGCUGAAAAAAUGUGAGGAGAGGCACGUAGAGAAGAAAGCCCAGCUCUGGGCCUGCAGAGGCCUGCAGACCACCCGACCACUGCAGGAAAGCCCAGCAGGACCAGUGAGAGGGAGGAUGGACCAGAUGGGCCUUACAAAACACACACACAACAUACACACACACACACACACACACACAAUAGUCCCUUCUCUGAGAUGCAACUGCCUCUGAGGGAAGCAGGUUGGGUCAGCAGCUGGGGAGAGUGGGAAGAAACUGGUGGGAGGAGGGGGAGGGAAUGCGGAAGGCCCUAAGUGCAAGUCAUAACUUAAUGUCACCAAGUGUAAAUGGGAAAUCAAAGCCUGGAGUGUGAAGGAGGAAGAAGAGAUGACCUAGCUCUGGGAGAAAGAUGAGACAGAGUUUAGCUGUGGAUAGCCUUGGGGAGAAAGAAAGACUAUGGGGACAAUAGUGAUGGAACUCAGAGAGAGGCAAGAGAGAAACUGAGGCCUAGGCUGGGGAAACUGAAGGUGAGAGAGGGGGAAAGGUGGGUGAGGACAGAGAGCACACACAGCAAAAGGGGGCUCAGGAGGAGACUGAAGUCUGGGGAGAAAAGGAAUAGAGGAAGGGAAGAAACACAAACCUCAGAGAAGUGCCCUGGGAGGUAAGCGGACAAUGGAGACAUGAAUCAAGGAAAAGGGGAGAGGAGAGGUUGGAGUGAAAGUGACACAGGGGGAAGAGGUGGGAAGAAACAAGACUGAGGCCCAGAGCUUGAAACCAAGGCACACACAGGGAUGAGAAGUAAGAGGAUGAGGAAGGAAGGGCCACUUCGGGACAGACAGGAGGGGAGCGGGGAGAUGAGGUCCAAAGAUGAAUCCAACCUGUUUCUAGACUACUGGACCCAGAGGCCCCUCCCCUCCCUUUGGGGACAUUCAGCCCCUCAAUCUAUUUGCCACAUGUGGCCUCCAUCCAUCCCUUCCUCCCCAUCUCUAUUCCCCAUCCUUCUCUUCCUCCCACCACACCUCUAGCCAGGCCCACCUGGUAGGUAACUCCCCACAAAGGGGGAGGGGGGCUCAGCUUCAGUGCCUACUUCUGCUUUCCCAGUUCAGCUCUGACUUUCUCCCUCUCACCUCCAGCUCAGGAUUCUCCUGGAUCCUAGUCUCCCCAGCCUCGGGCCUUUGGGGUCCCAGCUCUGGGGCUGCUGAGGCUGCCUGGCUUUGUCCAAGAGUCCAGGGCCCGGGGCCCAGGAGCAGCUGCCCGGGCCAGCUGCAGCUGGCUUCAAUGUGACCAUGGCAACCCAACCGCUCCCCUCGCAGAGCCUCUCAGCCCCCGCAGAGAGAGGGAGGGGACAACCAGGCUGGGGAGAAUGGGAGAGGAGGCUGAGAACUGUGAGACUGAGCCAAAUGGAGACCCCAGACAAAGAGACCCCAAACAAAGGAAGGAGAAUAGGGAAAAGCAGCACUGACUAGCAGUGACUUAAGGCAGCUGCAUCAGGUCCUGCAGAGAGGGAAGAGUGGAGCGGGACACUAGAGGAGGGAGAAACCAGAAUUGACUAGGGUGGUCCAUCCAUUGGAGACCUCUUUCUGGGUCUCUGACAAUGCACUUCCUCUUUGUGGGAUUUUGAUUUUGCAUCCUGAAAAGAAGCUGAAUCCCAAUAUAUUUGGCUGCUCUCAAAGUAUGGUACAGUGAGAACCAUCCCCAAUUGCACCAUGGCUAUAAAAAUUAUCUUAAGCCAGAAGGCAUCCUCAGAUUUCAGGAACACCUCCCCAUUUCAAACAUACAAUGACCUAUCACCUGUUAAAUACAAGCAGCAUCUUCAGACACUGCACUCCAAUUCUUGGUUUGGAAACUGUGAUCCUCAAAGCCAAAUGCCUGAUUGGACUUGGAGAGAGUGGGGCCAGAGGGAGGGAGUAAUGAUGCCUCUCACAGCAUGUGAGAGGAAGCCAAGCAUCUAAUGGGGAGGGGAGAAAGCAACGCUUUGCCAACUGAGAGGAUUGAAAUCACUACUCCCCAUCUGGCUCCCCUUGGCUGCGUCCUAUACCACAACCUUCCCUCAUCAGUAGGAUGGAGACCCAGGAGUCUGUCUGGGUGGUAAUGACGUAACAUCUGCAAAGUACAGGCCUAUCUGAUAAAGCAACCAUUCAAACUCCACUAACAUCAGCUCUCUCUGUGGCUUUCUGAUGUGUCACUUGAGGCCUCUGAGUUCCACGUCCCAAUUUAUUCCACAAUUAUUAUUAAAGUGUGCACAAGGCAAGACUCUAACAGCAAGAAUUAUGAGAGAAAAAGGAGGAAAUAAAAGAGAAGUGUGAUACAUUCCACCAUGGGGCACUUACAGUCCAGAGGCAGAGCCAGGCAUGUCAGGACUAUAAUGGCUGAAGACAGGCUGGCUGAGCUGUAGAUGGAUCUGGAAGGGACUGUGAAGCCAGAAGAGGGCCAGGUCAGGUCUCAUGAAUGAGGUAGAAUGUGAGACUGAGACUGGGCCUUAGAUCAGAUUCAGAUAUGCAGAGACUAGCGAGGGCAGGGAGGUACCAACCUCGGAUGUGAACAUGCAGCUAUGACUAGAAGUCGUGUCCAUCCUAAUGAGUAACAUCAGAAAGGCAGUCUUGGAUUCUUCUUCAUAGUUUGGCAUAUUCUGAAGGUAAGGAGGAAGGGAUUUGGGGUUUCAGCAGGGAAAUGACAUGAUUGAUUUGUGUUUUUUAAUAAGUGGUUUCUGGGAACAGCAUGUAGGAUGCACUGUUCAGGGCAAUGGCUAAGGGGAGGGAGGAGUUAAUCCCAUCUGUGUCCUACCCACAUCCUCCUGUGGUUUGCCUCCAGCCCCCAACCAGGAACAUCAUGAGGAAAUGAACAUCUUGAGGAUCCUAUGAAGCUUCCAUUGUCUUGGUUGUGUUUGUACCAAGUGAAGGCCAGGAGACAAGUGCUAACAUUUCUACCCCUCCCAAUGCGGCUAACAUAAACCUGGGUUUCAGGAGUCUCCAAGGAAAACCUAUAAUGAUGGAUGGAAUCCUUGUUAAAGAUCCAAAGCCUUCCCCACCCUCAGGACCAAUAAGGACGUUAGAACCAGGGGUUUCUAGGCUACUGAGUGGAAUUCACAGAGGGAGGAGGUCAUAGAACAGACAUCUGGGGGUGGGGAACAAGGAAAAUUUACAAGAUAGUAUCAAGAAUUGUGGCCAAACCUCCAUCUUUCAGUAAUUUACCAAAAUGAUGAACACAAAGGGAAAGAGCAUAAGUACCAUUUAUAUGUUUUCUAUGCCUUUUAGAAGACAUGGUGUUAUUACCUUGGCCACAUACAGGCAAAUCUACAGAAGGGUGAUAUUGUAGACAUUACGGAAAUGGGCACUGUUCUGAAAGAAAUGCCCCAGAAAUGUUACCACGGCAGAAUGGGAAGAGUGUAUAAUUUUGCCCAGCAUGCUGUUGGCAUUGUUGAAAACAAGCAAGUUAAGGGCAAGAUUCUUGCCAAGAGAAUUAAUGUGCAUAUUGAGCGUAGUAAGGACUCCAAGAGCUAUGAUAGCUUCCUGAAAAGGGUGAAGGAAAAUGAUUUCAAAAUUAGAAAGCCACUGGGCACGGUGGUGUACACCUGUAAUCCCCAGGCUUGGGAGGCUGAGGAUUGUGAGUUCAAAGCCAGCCUCAGGAAAAAGCAAGGCACUAAGCAAUCAGUGAGAUCCUAUGCCCUUCUCCAAAUAAAAGAUAAAAUAGGGCUGAGGAUGUGGCUCAAUGGUCCAGUGCGGUGAGUUCAAUCCCCGGUACCAAACACACACACACA